CAGUUGCUCCCUAUAGGCAUAUUGGCCUCGGUGUUCCGGUCGCGUUUACAACCCAAGUGAGAUCUUUAUAUGUUGGUUUUAUCCUGGACAGAUGAUCGGUCUAUUUUAACUUGUUUCUUCCUCCCUAACGCCAUUGAUGCUUGAUCUCCUAUCCCGACGUUGACAGUUCCCCCCGUUGACGUUUCGGGCCUACAACUUCCAUACGGAUAGUCACAGCACCUCCUAUAAUAUUCCGUCGUUUCCUCGACGCUCUCUCCUAUACCUCCAUUUCGCGCCUUAAGUAAAUGGGCAUCGGUAUCACAGCUUAUUCUCAAGACAUCCAGCGAGCAACAGGUGUCCAUGACAUCGCCCGGAGAUGCUACUCCGGUCAAGCCUCCGCCGUCCUUUUCGCCAGGGGUCCCGAUUUCCACAUCGAAGGCGAGGUUCUCGAUCCAGCAUGAGUCGACUCCAUCCUUAGACUCCAGCCUGGAUGCAUCGCGGAUUAGCCCUUCUCCUCCCCGACCUCUCUCCGCUGCCACUACUUCCGAGUUACCGAUCAGAUCUGCCUCACCGAAUUCUCGAACCGUUAGGUCAACACCACAGUUGGCAAGAUCGUCACUGGGUUCGCCGCUGGAAGCACGUUUUGAUGGGUCCGAAGAUAUAAGAUCUCUAAUCAUACGCUCGUUCUCGCCUACCAUCGGGGUUUACGCAUCUGCAGACACUGAUGAAUUGGUGAAGCAGAAGGGGUUCAAAGGCGGCUUUUGGGAGCUAAUUCGACCCUUUGGGGAAAAUGUAUCCGGCAAGGUUGUGAUCAGGGACAGCGUGGGGUCAAGCCGCGGCUGGGAGGAUUAUGGAGUGCGAUUUGUCGAGCUUACAGCAGGGCGCAAUCGCUCUUCACAUGCUUCAAAUAAGGAAUUUGAUUCUGCUCUAUCCCAAGCGGAGGAGGUUCUUGAAAGACAACUUAACUCCCCAGAAGAUUCGAUUGGCCGAUUUCUUCAUGCAAGCGACCUACCGAUUGCCAACUUUCCCACUGCAUCUCCGUUGUAUAAAUUAUUUUUACGUCAACUUCUGUCCGCAGGAUCACCUACACCCCAUGAAACAUUUGGCCAUCCCGUGGCGUGCAUUAUUGCCAUUAGCUCGCGAAACACCGCCCCUCUGGAAUCACUAAGACAGCUUUACGCUGAUACGAGUAGUGGGGCUAAACGACAACCUGAAUGGGUUCAUCCAGAAUUCCUCCGAUAUUAUGUAUUGGUCCAUGAUGAAGACCAGGAUGAUAUAGCCGAAUCUACUAGACUUUAUGACCAGAUGAAACGUCACUUUGGGCUGCACUGUCACCUUCUCAGGCUUCGAAGCAAUCAAUGUGUCGUAACGGAUGAUGACAGUGUCCAAGCACCCCCAUGCGAGUGGUUGUCACCAUCAGAGCACCUCUCAAGGGUGGGCGAAGCGGAAACAUUAGUAGACCUUGGCACUGAGGAUACUCCCUAUUUAUUCGAAUCCGACGUCAUGGCCAUAAAGGCACUUGUCCGGGAACUAGUCGCACAGUCUGUAAUCCCUUAUAUGGAGAACAGGGUAGCCGUUUGGAAUGAUCAGGUGGCAUCUCGAAGACGUGGCCUCAGUGGCCGUUUCAUGUCAAUAUCCCGAAGGUGGACUGGCUUCGGUUCCAGCUCCAGAUCCGGGAAUGUUGGAUCUGGUGUUGGUGGAAUCAGUGGAAAUUACGAUAUCAGCCGGGGAUUUUAUAGACCAGAUGCUUCUGAAGCAAUCUUGCGAAAGAUGGCUGAUUUCGCUUUCAUGCUUCGCGACUGGAAGCUAUCUGCGUCUACUUACGAACUUCUCCGUUCAGACUACAAUAACGAUAAGGCUUGGAAGUAUCACGCCGGAGCCCAUGAGAUGUACGCAGUAAGCGUGCUGCUUAAUCCACUUGCAGCAUCUACGAAGAUCAAACUCGAAGCUAUCGACCAGGCAUUUGACACUGCGUGCUAUUCAUACCUUACAAGGUGCUCUGAUGCCAUCGAUGCUUUACGAUGUCUUACUCUGGCUGUCGAGCUGCUUCGAUCUCGUGGGGGCUCAGCAACUGAAAGUGCAGCUAAAUGGGCUAUGCGGGUUAUGGACUUUGGUUUGGUUGGCUCUGUUGGGCAAAUUCUCUUCAGUGAAAGAGUAUCUGCUUGCUAUGCCGCGAAAACCGAGGCAGCUGGGACCAAAUGGGGCGCUCGUCACAGGAAAGCGGGAAUGUGGAGUAUUCUCGCCGCCGACCUCUGGCUCAAAUAUGGGAAGCCAACACUAGCCUCCUCAUGCUUGGAAGAGGCCGAACGACUUUAUGCUGAUGUCCUUGAGAAUGAUGGCAUAUUCCCCAUACCAGAGAUACAAUCAUUCAUUGAUAAUUUGAGACAUGCGGCAAAGGUGGGAUCUCUCGAGGCCAAGGGUUUCGAUACCCGAGACGACACUGCAAUGGCAAGUAUGACAUUGGAAACGGAAGAGACAAGCGAGAAGUUAGACAAGCGCAGAAAUCGUAAGUCACUGAUGGAACUGCCUACUUCUCUGGACCCUGGGUCUACCGGUUCAGCUCAGUUGGCAAGGGAUAAUGACGAAACUCCGCAUGACGACUUUGAACGAGCUUAAGCACAUAUGGGAUAAUAGUACACUUGGGCGCAUGAGAGGCAUAUACAUUAUAGAAAUCGGGUGCUUGGAUGACUUGUUUGAGUCUUCCCACGGGCUGGAGGCAUCGGAUAUCUUCUGUCUUAUAUUUCACAACUCCCUGGUUGCAAUAUAUCGUGUGGAUGAAAACAGCUCAUUACCCUCGACUCGCCCGGGGAUUUGGCAUAUACCAUACGUUGUACGGAUAAUAGCUACCUAGUAAUAAUAAUGUUGGAUCACGUGGGAUUCUGCCGCAUAGGUCCGCCCUCGCU